AUGGAAAAUACAUCUGCUGUGCUCGUUCAGUUCCGCGAUGAAAGCUUCUUUGAAGACUAUUUCUAUCCAUCUCUUGGUAUGAAAUUUUAUUUAUGGGGUUAUCUGAGUUUAUUCAUUAUUGGUUAUACUGGUAAUAGUGCUAGUCUAAUUACAUUUACUCGGCCAGUACUAAGAGCGAGUUCAACUGGUACAUUAUUUAUUGCUUUAGCUAUCUCAGAUGUAUGUUUUUUAUCUGCAUUAAUUUUUGAUUUUAUUAAGUAUGGUUUACGGUUUCAACUGGAUAAGCGCAUUGAUUUCAAUUUUAUGUGUCGCUGGCGUGAAUUUCUGAUGAAUGCGAGUCAAUUCUGUUCAGCAUGGAUUCUUGUCAUUAUUGCAAUGGAUCGAUGGAUUCGCACACGAUUUCCAUACAAAUCAGCUGCUAUUUGCACUCAAAAGAAAGCUUUGAUAGCUAUAGCUAUUGUAUGUAGUAUCACCAUAGGUCUUCAUGUUAUGUUCUUAACACCAUUGUUUGGAUCGUCAGGUUCUGCGAUACCAUAUUUUGAUUGUAUACCAAUGUUGCGUGUAUUAGAUGAUUUUAUCGAUUUUUAUUAUCUAAAAUGGCCUAUUCUACAAUCAUUGAUCAGUUGUCUUGCUCCUGCUGGAUUAAUAUUAGUUUUUAUUGUUGAUAUGUUUAUCAAGAUACGUCUUCAAAAAAAGACUAUACAUCACCAAGUCCAUAAUCAAAAUCGGAAUCAAACAAUUAGACACAACUAUCGUGUACAAAAUCAAUUAUUUCUUCUCAUGCUGUCAAAUGUCAUCAUAUUUUUCACUACAACUGUUCAGAUUGGUGUAUAUCGUAUUCUAUAUGUUUAUUUGGUAUACGGUUCCGUUGAUCUGAAUAUUCCAUUUAUCACAAGUAUGACUGUAAUUUUAACUUGGUUUUUGGGUAUUAACUAUUCAAUAAAUUUCUAUGUUCAUUGCUUAACUUCAACAUUAUUUCGUAGCGAAUUUAAGAAAUGUUUCAUUUUUUUAUGCAUCUUAUGUCAAAGAAGAGGUGUUCGUGUGAAUAUUGUUCCAACAGUCAAUACAGCCAGAACAAACAAAAAUUUACAGAGAUAA